CUUCUUUAAUUUUUUAUCCUUCAUUUUGAUACAAUAUUUGACACCGCCGUGAUAUUGUUGCACGGAGGUUGCACGUAACUUUUUUAUCUGUGCAUAAUAUAUUCUACAUUGGCUCUGAUGCUGUAGUGGCCAUUUUUCUGGAAAAAAUGUGAAGUGGGGAAGGGAAAAAAGGCGAAUACAUGUCAAAUAUUUCAAGGCUGCGGUGUGAUGAUUCUAAUUUUUGCAAACGUGAUAGCGAUCUCAACAAAUAAUUUCACAGUCCUACGCUACAGUGUUGUGUUUGGGGAUACUUUUGCUGUUUCCGUGAGUGAUCAUAACAAAGGUUGAUGCAAAAUUGACUAAAAAAGAUGGGUUAUUAUUGUACCGUCCCACAAUGCACUUCGCUCGCCGGCAAGACUAAAAACGUAAAGUUCCACCGUUUCCCUCGCGAUGUGCCUAUGGCUGAUAAGUGGAAUAAUAUACUGAAACGCGGGAAACCGUACACAAAAUACUCGAAAGUGUGCAGCCUUCACUUCACCCAAGCGGAUUACAAUGCCACAACAAUGGGUAAGAAUAAAGGACAGUGGAAGACCCUGUCAAAAGACGCGGUCCCAUCACAGAAUCUACCCAAAUUGAACCCCGAUGGCACAGUUAUGGUUAUCAGGAAGAGUCGCACUGUCAAAUAUAAGGAAUGCAAAAAGGAGGACCAAUCUAUCAGCUGCAAAUCAGAAAAGUGGUCAAUGAGCCAGUCAUCCUUGCCUUUACCUUUAACACCAACAGAGGUUUUACCGUCGGAGCAACAAGAAAAUAACCUAUCCUACCGGCUUCACACAUUGAGCUCCAUCGCAAGCGUCAUAGCGCCGCAGAACACACCAAACAGUACACCGCACAAUCAAAUUCAGACCAUACAAAAAUCAGCCAGUACACAGCACAACAGUACUCAACAAAUCAGUACACAACACAACAGCUCACCGCACAACAGUACACAACACAACCAGGUGCAGACUAUACAGAAACCAAGGAAACAAGACGCGAUCAUGCAAACUGACCCAAUUCAGUCGGAAGAGGACGACCAACAAAACAGCUAUAGCGAAUCAUCGGAAAAGUCAUACAACGAAUCCUACGCCACACAACAAUACAGCGAGGCGAAAGCAUACGAGAUGCCAAAAGACUUUUCCAAAACCACAGAGGACUACAUACCACAGACAAACGAAGAGUACAAUAAAGAAGCGGAAAAGUACGCGUUAGAGAGGAAAUCGCAUAACGGAUACGAGAAAAUGGAAUACCCAAAGCAGGUCGUCGAGAAUGGAUACCAAAAACCGUCCGAAGUCUACACAUUCAACGACGCUAAGGAUUACCAAAAUAGGCCAGAGCCUUACAGCUAUCCAACUUCCUAUCAAGACAGCGUAGAGAUAUUGAGGAAUCAACAGCACAAUUUGCAGAUUUUACAGGAGCAACACAGGAUUACGGAGAACCAGAAUUUCUUCAACGAAAACCAUAUAAAGCAGGAAAUUGAUUUCGGUAAUGAGGAGGAAAAGUUUCUCUAUGAACGGAGUAAAGAACAGAUUGACGCAGGAUCAAUAUAUGACAGUCAAAGAAGGGCGUUGGAGCAGCAAAGAUUAAUGGAUCAGAUCCAGCACCAAGUUAAACAGGAGGAGCCGGAAUCACACAGCAGUCGUGACGUUAUGCAGCCGCAGGGCAGUCCUUAUUAUUCAGCAAACGUACCUAGUAAUGUUACAGGUGGUUACUACGAGCAGCUGUCAAGACCGGGUCCGGAAUUAUUGAUCGCAAAGCAAAACGCCUUAGCUGCGCACACGCAACUAUGGCAAAAUAUGAAACGGCCUUUUUACUAUAGCGAGGGAGCGCAUUACAACGCACCUCAGUUGUUGCAGAGAUAUGAGGACUUAUCCAGAAUCCUACAGUGAUGACAGACAUUCCAAAGUUAUUAAAUACAAAUAUUUUAUUUUAUAUAAAAAAAGAACUACUAAAAUCUUAAUUCUCUAAGCGACGAUAAUCUCUUGGUGAUUUAUUUCU